UUGAUUCGUCACGUGAUAAGUUUCCUCACAUCGGUAGUGAGUAUCAGCGAGUCAUGACAGGAUUUAAAAUGUUGACAAUCUUCACAUUUAUUUCAACCAUAUGCCUUGUUGCCACGGCCGACGUUUGUCCGUGUGGGAGCCCGGAUCUUUGUCAUCAGAUUCGACAGGAAAGAGAUUUUGAGGUGUUUGUGUUUGAUGUGGGUCGAAAAGCAUGGCAAUCUUAUGACUGGAGCAUUGUGACAACAGUGGCAGCUUUUGGGAAAUAUGACCCUGAACUCAUGUGUUAUGCACAUUCCAAAGGCGCACGAGUUGUGCUCAAAGGUGACGUUUUCCUCCCAUAUAUUGUGGACCCGGGGAACAGAACGGCCUGGAUCACAGAGAAGGUGAACCUGGCCAAGACUCAGUUCCUGGAUGGAAUCAACAUAGACAUUGAGCAUGCAGUGGAGGCCGGUUCUGCGGAGUACCAUGCUCUCACAGGCCUGGUGAAGGAAAGCACAGAGGCCUUCCACAGGGAGAUCCCUGGUUCACAGGUCUCAUUUGAUGUCGCAUGGUCACCGAACUGCAUAGACAAGCGUUGCUAUGACUACGUUACUAUUGCUGAGUCCUGUGACCUGCUGUUUGUGAUGUCCUACGACGAGCAGAGUCAGAUCCCGGGGGACUGUAUUGCAAUGGCCAACGCCCCAGUGACUCAAACCCUCAAAGGUUACUACCAAUAUUUGGAUCUAGAGAUAGAUCCCAAAAAGCUAGUGAUGGGAGUACCGUGGUACGGUUAUGAUUACUCAUGCCUCAACCUGUCUAAGGACGGCGUGUGCUCCAUAGAGAAGAUCCCGUUCCGUGGAGCCCCCUGCAGUGACGCAGCGGGUAAACAGAAGACCUACAGCUGGAUCAUGAAGCAGGUCAACAGCUCCAUGACCGGCCGACUGUGGGACCAGGGGCAGCAAGCUCCGUACUUUAACUACGAGGACCAUGAAGGACAGAUCCACCAGGUAUGGUAUGAUGAUCCGGAGAGCAUCUGCCUCAAGGCAAGCUUGGUGAAAAGCAAAGGGCUGAGGGGUAUUGGCGUGUGGAACGGCAAUCUCCUCAACUACAUUGACGAGGCUGCCAAGCAACAGACAACAAUGAUGUGGAAUGCUCUAGUGCAAUGCUAAAUGGGCCAAAUUUACACCUGCCUUGAUUCUCCUGACAUCUGUUGCCAAGUCAGUAUAAUCUUUUGUGAGGUUGCGAUGCCCAGGUUUUAUUUUUCAGGAAUAUAUGUUUGUACUACAAAGUUUAUUCUGCUUUAUUGCUGUUUUGGAUCGCAGUAUUUCAAGUCGGGUGUCCCACUUGAAUCAGCCACUUGGAAAUGCAAAAACAAAGCUUUGAAAUAGAAAAAUAUGUUUCAACAAGUAUUUGCCUCAUACUGAAUUAUUAAAGAAGAAGUUUUGCUGUUGAAAAAA